UUAACCUUAGUACUAAAUCGUUAGUAAUAAGUGAAAGGGUCUUCAUCGCUUUCGACGAUGCAGAUUCAAUUGAGUGAUCGACUGAAUUACCUGCUCAUUGAAUUUGUAAAUGGUUGAAUAUCAUACAAACACGUGCAUCCUUAACGCAAUUCGUUGGCAGAAUUAACGUGACACAGUGUGUGAUAAAGCUGUACCUGUGAAUUACAAGUACAAUCCACCUGACGAAUUUCUUCUGUUUGUAUGAAAGUAAUAGUAAAAGACACUUGUCUAAAAUGCCAUCUAGCGGAAUCGAACCCAGGAUCUCGUGAUGUGACACGUACUUCUUAAACAUUUGACCAUGCUGCAUCCAAUCAUAUUGUUAUGAGUCAAUCUGAUAUUACUAUGGAUGAUAGCAACAUUAUAGAUUUUAGAAAUAAAAGAAUUUUGGCUCCAAUGGUUAGAGUUGGCACUCUUCCCAUGAGGCUCCUGGCACUUGAUCAAGGUGCUGACCUUGUAUAUUGUGAGGAAAUUAUAGAUUUCAAAAUUAUUAAUGCUAAACGAUUUGAAAAUGAAACGUUGGGAACUUUGGAUUUUACUUUAUCUGAUGGCACUGUUGUAUUUCGUACCUGCAACCGAGAGAAAUCCAAAGUCAUUUUCCAGUUGGGAACAGCGGAUGCGAAACGGGCUCUUAUAUCUGCCAAAAAAGUAGAAGAUUGUGUCACUGCUGUUGAUGUCAACAUGGGCUGUCCAAAAGAGUUUUCUAUAAAAGGUGGAAUGGGAGCUGCACUUCUGAAGAAGCCAGAAAAAGUUAAAGAGAUUUUAACCACACUUGUUAACAACUUAUCUAUACCGGUGACAUGCAAAAUUCGAGUCCUUCCUUCUCUGGAAGAUACAUUAAAUCUAGUAAAGUUGAUUGAGAGUACAGGAGUAGCAGCCAUUGCCAUUCAUGCUCGUACGCAAAGUGAACGCCCAAGACAUCCAAAUCGUAAUGACUAUAUUAAGAAAAUAUCAGAAAGUCUAAAAAUACCAGUUAUUGCUAAUGGAGGCUCUAAAGAAAUUAAUUGUUACCAAGACAUAGAACAAUUUUGGAAAGAUACUGGGGCUUCUUCUGUUAUGUUAGCAAGGGCUGCUCAGUGGAAUGUUUCCAUCUUUAACAAGAAUGUGUCCUCUAUAUAUGCUGUGAAUAUUAAAGGAGUGUUGUACAUAACUCCUAUUACUUUUGUCUUCAGUGUAUUGGCAAUCUGCUAUGAUAGUCAUUAUGCUAAUACUAAAUACUGUGUGCUUCAAAUGAUGCAUGAAGAUAUGGAUAUGGAAGAAGGUCAAAAAAUGCUUGGAGCAAUGUCCCUCCAAGAAAUAAGUGAGAUUUGGAAUCUGUCUAAGUAUUAUGAAGAAACAAUGAAAACACGCCAGAAAAGGUCUCACAACUUGGCAUUGAAACGGAAGUGUGAAGAGGAGCCUUUAGUGAAAAAGAGAAAAGCAGAAGAUGGUAAAACUAUAAUAGAAAUGGCUAUACGAUAUAAUAAGAGAGAUUACCCACUGGCCAUUACUCCAAAGAUGAGAUUAUUUGAGUGGACUUGCCGAAAUAAAAUGAAAUCUCCAAUAUACUGCACAGUUGAACGACCUGAUGAUCGAUGUUUUCACACUGUUCUGACUGUAGAAGACACAAAAUAUACUACACCCUUUUGGGAAAAGUCAAAACAACUAUCUGAACAAAAUGCUGCUGUAGUGUGUUUGUUAGUGGCUGGAGUCCAUGAUGGGAGGAAAGAGGGUAUUGGAGAGGAAAGAAGAGUUUUUUUGGACCAAUGGCAAAAGCUAGUCAACUCAGAGAAUGAUCAAAAGGAACGGCUUGAUAAUGAAUCAAUUGUAAAUGAAGGGAAAAUUAAAACAAAUCCAGAACUUUCAACAGAUGAGUCUGCUUUAUCUGAACAGAUUGAAAGUCAUACAUCUAACAACAUUAGUCAGGAAAUUAACUCCAACAGUUGACAUAUAUGAUAUAAAUAGAUUCUUCUUUUAUAAUAAUUUUUUUCAAUAAAGUGACUCAUGUAUAGCUUAAA